UAAGAGCAUUGGAAUCUAUGGAAUCAGCCAUAUUUCGAAGGGGCAGUCGACUUUCGGAAUAAAUACAUAGAGGAAUAACUUAAAUAAUCGAAAAAAGAAAAAUAAAUCUUAAAAGAAUAAAAAGGCUUUUAAAAGACAUUUAAAGCUGUGUAAUCAGUACAGUGGAUAUUGACAAAGACAGUGAAAUUGGAGUAAAUAAAGGAAACGAUUCAAAAUGGCCAAUUUCUUAAAUAAUUUAACAUCAAAUCUUUCAAAUCCAUUAAACUCGAAAAUUGGUCUUAAAAUCGAGCAAGCAACAGAUCCGAGUUUAGAUCAAGAAGAUUGGUCACUUAAUAUGGAGAUAUGUGACAUGAUAAAUGAGUCUGAUGCAAAUUGUAAAGAUGCUAUGAAAGCCAUACGUAAACGAUUAACACAAUACAUUGGCAAAAACUAUAGUGUGAUUCUAUUUACGUUAACAGUUUUGGAGACUUGCGUAAAGAAUUGUGGCAAAAAUUUCCAUGUAUGCGUUGCAAACAAAGAAUUUAUUCAGGAACUAGUGAAGCUCAUCAGUCCAAAACAUGAUCCACCGAUUGCUGUUCAGGAAAAAGUCCUUAGUCUCAUUCAGACAUGGGCUGAGACAUUCGCAAAUCAGCCAGAAUUAAAGGGAGUCGUUGAAAUUUACCAAGAAUUGAAGAAUAAGGGUAUUGAAUUUCCUGUAGUCGAUCCUGAAAGUAUUGUUCCAAUCUAUACUCCACAAAAGAGUGUUGCUACGCCGCCACCUAAGCAAGUAUCUGUUCAACGUUCACCACAUCAUGAUAUCGUAGACUCACCGAUACAUGCAGUCAAUGUUGCAGCUGGUGCCAGUGGAGUCAGUGGAAUUACACCAGAUCAGAUUGCAAAGUUACAAUCAGAACUGGAUAUUGUUGGCAUUAAUAUUACAAUAUUAAGUGAAAUGUUAACAGAAUUGAAACCAAAUCAAGAAUCGCCUGCCGAUUAUAAAUUACUUAUCGAUUUGGUCGGUACGUGCAAAGAAAUGCAGACACGAAUUGUCGAUCUAAUUGGAAAAGUCAGUAAUGACGAAAUAACGGCUGAAUUAUUGCGAUUGAAUGAUGAACUUAAUAUUUUAUUCUUACGUUACCAACGAUAUGAAAAGAAUCGUGAUCCAAAGACUGCAACAGAUAAAACUCCGUCAGCUAUUUUGGGUGCUGCUAUGGGCAUUCCAUCGUCAUCAACCAUUGAUCAAAAGGAUUCAUUAAUUGAUUUAGGUGAUCAAGCAGCGGGCUGUGAUCUUAACACUAAGUUUGGGGCUAUGUCAACUUCACAGUUGAGUAAGAUAAAAAGUACACCAGCGAAAGUAGACACCGAAUUCGAUAUGCUGGCACAAUCAAGAAGCACUGAUGCGAAGAAGGAACCAGACGUUGAUCUCUUACAGUCAAAACCAGCGGACUUUGACGAGAUUGAAGAGUGGCUGAAGGCUGAAAAGUCAGCAAAUGGAAAAGAUGGCGAAGAGAGCUUAACAAGCAAGGAGUUUGAUAAGUUUUUGGCUGAACGAGCGGCUGUCGCAGACACAUUACCAACAAUAAAUAGUCGAAGUAGUGAGAAGAAGAAGCAAGAAGAACCUUUACUAGGUUAGUAAGCUGUCCUUAAAAUAUUACUAGAUAUUUGUAAGAUGAUGAUGAUGAUGAUAAUGUGUUAAAGUAUGUAGUUUAACAUACAGUAUGAGUCAUAAAGAAUAACUAUUUUUACUAAAAAGAUAACAAAAAAUUGAGUAUGAUACGUUGGAUACGACAUAAAUUCUUAUUAUCUAAUCUUUUUUCGUCGAGUCUUUUUCUUACAAUCAAAGCUAUAUAAAUUAAUUAUAAAGGAACGAAAUUAUGCUGUCAACUAUAGAGUAACAAAUUCAUUCAUUCGCUAUUAAUGUUUCCUUUUCGGCACCGCAAGCUUCUUAUGGUGUUUAUUAAUGCUGAUUGAAUUCCUUUUUAGUUGUUGACGUAGUUUGAGCUUUUGCCAAACCAAUUAUUAAUAUCAGUUUUAUACCUGAUUUGUGUUAUUAUUUUAAUUAAUUUAUUUGAGACAAAAACAUAUUCGAUUAUUAUUAUUUUUUAUUUAAAUUAAUUAAAAAAAUGAUCAGAAUGUAAAUUAUUGUUGUAAAUCACAAAUGCUUUAAAAGAAAUAUUUUUUAAAAUUC